UGCGGAGGAUUUAGGAGUGAAACGGAUUCGCUAUCACGGAGCUGGCCGGACCGAUAUCAACAUCAAGCGGUGCGCUAUAAUGAAGAGGCGCAAUGCCGAUUGUGGCAAAAUACGACGGCCCAUCAAGAAGAACAAAAUUGCCGAACAGAUUGGGAGCAACACGCUGCUCUACAUCAAAUUUCUUCUCCUAUGGGCGUCAGUAAUCACAGUAGAUUUUUUGCUCGAGUUUCGUUUCGAAUUUCUAUGGCCCUUUUGGUUGCUGCUCCGUUCAAUAUAUGACUCCUUCAAGUAUAAAGGAUUGGCCUUUUCCGUACUGUUCGUCUGUAUAGCGGUCACAUCUGAUCUGGUCUGCUUGUUUUUCAUACCGGUGCAAUGGCUAUUUUUUGCCGCCAGUACAUACGUUUGGGUGCAGUAUGUCUGGCAUACAGAUAAAGGAAUCUGUCUACCGACGAUAAUACUGUGGAUAUUAUUCGUAUAUCUGGAGGCUGCCAUACGAUGGAAGGACAGUCGAAAUAUACCGCAUCUAAAUCUUUGUCGACCAUUCGCUGCCCAUUGCAUCGGAUAUCCGGUGGUGACGCUUGGAUUCGGUUUUAAGAGCUAUGUAGGUUACCGCAUACGACAACGCAAGCAGCGUGAGGUUGCAAAGGAUAACGACUUCUACAUGCAGUUGCUUCAGGAAGCAUUACCGAAGGAGGAAUCUAGAGCAUUAGAACCGUUGGCCGAUGGAACAGCCCCGAGUGGUACGGGGGGAAGCGAGCCACCGACUACACCGAAGGAGUUGGUAGCCGUAGCGAUGUCGAAUAAUAAUAAUAGUCUGAAUAAUAGUAGCAGUAGCACUACGAAUAACCGAAGUGAUACAGGACAGCAUAACCACCACAAUCAUCACCACCAUAAUCAUCAACAGCAGCAGCAACAUGCGCACCAUACGAAUCACAAUAAGAGUACCCAAAGUUACAAAUCGUCAAACAGUAGUUCCGUAACGACAGCGCAUGUUAAUGGGCAUAUUGGCGGUGGCAGUUCGCCGUCAUCAUCGAGCAGUACGAUGAACGGGGGUCUGAAUCACUCAUCCCAUCAGCAGCAAGGCUCUUCCAAGCAUCGGAAAAGUUUGGACAAGGAUAGCAGCACCAGCAGCAAUUCAUCGUCUAACUCAUCCAGCAAUUUUAAUGCCGGUAGUAAGAUGAAUGGUGGUAGUGGUGGUAGCGGAGGAACCUUCUACCUUUCCCAAACAACCACAUUCCAGCAAUGCGGUAAUAGCGGCUCCUCAAGCAGCAGCAAUAGUAGCAGUAGCAACAGUAGUAACAACGGUAGUACCACAAUCAGUACAAAAGAAAUCUCAAACACAGGAAAUCGAGGUAACGAUCAUAAUGGCAGCAUUCAUUUGAAUGGCGGAUCCGUCGCAAAGGAUUCGAAGGAAAGUACCGUACAAGCAUUAACUACGCGUAAAGACUAUGACAAGGAGACAAAUAGCAGUAGUAGCUCGGCCGGUUCGAACAGCUCAUCUUCGUCUAGUUCUGGAAAGCACGGUAAUGGGCAUCUGACAGCUUCCAAUCGCUCGAAAAGUCCAACCGACAGCGGAGCGUUAGGAAAUAAAUCCAACGCCGGUAAACAGAAUGGCCACAUUUUGCAAUACCACCAAUCGGAAUUGGUGCAACAGGUGACGGUCACAGAGAUAACAACGCCUAGCACAGAAUCGAAAGGCGGUAGUGGUCGUUCGGGACGGAAAAAUCGUCUGAAGAAGGCUGCCGAGCAGGCAAACUUGUCCGCGAUCGCUAAGCUGUGUGCGACGAUAGCACUCGCCUCUUCGGUGACUACGCUUACAACGACGAGUACGUCGUCUACUUCAGCCGGUGGUGGCGGUAAAGGAACAACCAUUACAACGUCUUCGUACACUACCACCGCCGGCACUGUGUCGUCUGCCUCGGUCAAAGACAAUCACCAGCACAACGUCGAACAGGUGAAGGACGUUGGGGACGCUUCCAACGGCACUACAACCAGUGGCAGUGCCACAGAGUGCAAACCAGACAGUAGCGUCUCAUCAUCGGCGAGCGGGACGCACAAAGCUACGUCAAUGGCAACGGGAUCUUCUGGUCAGGGUACAUCUACCGUGUCCUCUCCACAGGUUGCAACCGUGAUUGUCCAGAAGCUAUGUGAAACAUGUCCACGACUCGAAGGUGAGUUGAAAAAAUUGCGCGCCGAGCUAUCAUCUCACCGGCAGACAGAGAAUGAGCUGCGUCAAAAAUAUGAUUCCAACACGAACAAUCUGAAGGCAUGCCUGCAGGCCAAACAAAAGGACUACGAUGAACUGCAAAACAGAUACCAAGAGCAUUGCAACCAACGGCAACAGGAACGUCAGAAUUUGCAAACCGUUGAGAGACGGUUGGGCGAGGAACGACGGCAUCGACAAUCGUUGGAGGCGCAGUUAAACAAUGAGCGCAAGUAUCGCAAACAGGCUGAGGAAAAGGCGGCUCGAGCCGAAUGUAGCGAGGCUUGCAAAAUGAAGAAACAACAGAUGGAAAUGGAUAUUGAUAAACUGCAGAACGAACUGCAUAUCCUAGAGGAGGCCAAGCUUAUAGCAGAAAAACAGGCUCGUAAUUACGAGCAAGAGUUGAGAAAGAUGGAACUGCAGUUACGGAAUCGAGAUUCUCAGCAGAACACUGAAGUAUUGAUGAGUGCCCUUGCCGCUAUGCAAGACAAGAACGCAACGUUGGAGAAAAGCCUCUCAGCCGAAACGAGAUUUAAGCUGGACUUAUUCUCAGCCCUCGGUGGCACUAGGCGGGAGGUUGAAAUACUAACUUGUUCGUUGCGAGACAAAGAAAAGGAAGUACUUGAACUUAAUGCAAAAAUCGUACAGCUCUUGGCAGUCAUGCCUUCCGAGAACCUUUGCCUGACCAGCCACGGUGGUGGAACGGGAACGGAUGGUGCAUCGAUGAUGCGGUUGGCGGAUGCACCUCAACUUUUGCCACAAUCCAUGACGAGCGGGCAUCUGAAUGGAAUUGGUCAGAGCAGUGGUGGUGGAGGAGGUGGCGUGUCUGGUGCAGGAGGCGGUGCAGGAGGAGGCGGCAUGAGCCAACAACCAAGCCCAAUGUCGCACAUGGUGCAGAACGGACCAUCGUUCUGCAGUCAAUUAGGCAGCCUCGGGGUGCUGACGUCCACGAUGACGACCCUUCCUUCGUCGUUGGUGCUGUCCGGGCCGAACUCUAGUAACGGUAACGGUAGCAACGGAGGACAAAUAGUACAAAUGCAAAACUCGAACAACGGAGGACCAAACACAGGUAACUGCCCCUCCGGUCUCGAUCCUAAUGCUACAAUUUAUACGCCGAAGAACAACGGUAUGGUCGGCGGUACUGAAGCCUGA